AUGUCGCUGGGAAGCUCGUCGAGGGGCAAUGCCGACUUCGGUCGGUCAGCGGGCAAUACUGAGGUGGUGAUUGGCCUGCGUGGCAAAACUGAUGAUCCCGAUAUCGGCCGAUGCAAAAAUGCGACGGCGGCUAGUGGCGCUUGUGGGCGGCUCAGCGCGUCUGCUCUUUUUGACUCAUCCAGGUUCGACGCCGAUGUUACAUCCUUCACCGACUGA